UAUUUGCAGCUGCCACGUGGCCUUUUUAUUUAGGUGCCCUACCUAGGGUUGUAGCAGAGCAUCCAAUUUCGAUUUCAUGGCUGCCGCAGCAGCCGCCCAGUUUCAGGUGCGCUAUCAUCCUCAUCACAAUUGCGCACCGCUCCGCCCCUCCUUUCCCUCCUCCUCCUCUCCCCCCUCCUCCUCCUCCUCCUCCUUGUGCCGCGCGGGUUUGCAAGCCGGCGGACGCCUGCCCAGACGGUCCAAUUCUCGUGUAAGUAAGCUCUCCAUACACAAAUCUCUUGCUUUAUGGCAGCCGCACGACUGCGCGAGUGGAUUUCAUCAUCCCGUCACCAUUACAGCAGUAGCAACCUCGUUCGCUCAAAGAGGCGGUCGGACAAGAUCAGAGGUGCGAGCUGCUGUGGCAACGCAAGAGACGGCGGCCACGGACGAUGGCCUGGCACUGACGGAGGAGAAUGUGGAGAUGGUGCUGGACGAAGUCCGGCCGUACUUGAUGUCCGACGGGGGAAACGUGGCGCUGGAGGAGAUUGACGGGUUGGUGGUCAAGUUGAAGCUGCAAGGGGCGUGCGGAUCCUGUCCCAGCUCGCUCAUGACCAUGAAGAUGGGGAUCGAAGCCCGGCUCAAGGAGAAGAUCCCGGAGAUAAUCGGCGUGGAGCAGGUGCAAGACACGGAGACGGGGCUUGAGCUGACAGAGGAAAACGUUGACAAGAUACUGUCGGAGAUACGGCCUUACUUGGUGGGAACUGGCGGAGGGGAGCUGACGCUUGUCAAGAUCGAUGGGCCGGUGGUGAAGAUACGCAUCGAGGGUCCUGCAGCCGGGGUCAUGACUGUUCGUGUGGCCGUGACGCAGAAGCUGCGGGAGAAGAUCCCCAUGAUCGCCGCCGUGCAGCUCCUCUAGUCAGCCAGCCAACACUCUUACGUUAAGAUUGUUGGACCUAAGCAUUGUUUUAUCCAACGGCGUGUAAAUAUACACUGCACUUUGGUCCGGC